AUGCAGAGCUUCUUGAUGUUGCUGAGGGAGCACGGGAACACCCACCCACCCCCGGCGGAGCUGGUGCCCCUCGCGGGCAGCCUAUGCCGUGACAUCCAAGAUGACCUCACUCAGAUGCAGCCUUUGGUUUCUGCCAUUCUGGACAGCCAGCUGUGCCCGCACCUCCUGGACAAUGCAGAUGUGGCCCUGGUGUGUGCCCGUGUCCCGGCCCAGCGGGAGCAGCAACAGGCGGCCUGCCGGCUUCUGGAGGGUUGUCGGGUGCCAGGAGGCAGCCGUGAGCUGGUGCAGCUCUGGAACGACAUUCACUAUGACCUGGCCAGGAGGAAGCUGGGUGUGGCUGCGCUGACCCCGGUGCAGAAGUUCCGCUGCAGGAAGAGAUACUGCUGGGCUUUAGCUCUGAAUCCCCCACCCGCAGGCCUCUGCCCGGAUGGCCUCAAGAGUCGGAACUUCCCCAGAGAGGUCCGCAGGAGGCUUCAAGACUUUGCCUUGGCCGUGAGCAUUAACCCCAGCAAGGCUCAGCGGGUAAGAACAGAGUUUGGCUUGACUGCAGAGCGGGUCUACAACUGGUUUGCUAAUUACCGGCGGUGCCAGCAGUCCCUGCUCCAGCAUGUGCAGCCAGCCCAGCGGGUGGUGGCCAAAGACCCCGGUACAAAGGAGAGACGUCUGGACCGCUGGUGUCAUUGGUCCGCCUGGCCCAGGGACGGCGUACCUCCGCAGUCUCCAGACGCCCUCCAAUGA